AUGAGUCCGGAGGGCGACACCCCCAGCCCUCCCGCUCGCCCGCCCCCUCCCCUUAUGAGAGAGAGAGGGAGCGCGGCGCCGGAGCCACACUGCGCCGAGCCCGCGCCCCGCCGGCACCUCGGCCCGGGAGUCAGGAGCGAGCCCUGCGUGUCCGCGUGGGGCGCCCGGCCGCGGGGCGCACGGCGGCGCCCGGAGGGGAGCGCCCUGGGCGGCGGGGGCCCGGGCGCUGCCUUCUCCAUCGACUCCCUGAUCGGGCCGCCGCCGCCGCGCUCCGGCCACUUGCUCUACACUGGCUACCCCAUGUUCAUGCCCUACCGGCCCCUCGUGCUGCCGCAGGCGCUGGCCCCCGCGCCGCUGCCCGCCGGCCUCCCGCCCCUCGCCCCGCUAGCCUCCUUUGCCGGCCGCCUGACCAACACCUUCUGCGCGGGGCUGGGCCAGGCCGUGCCCUCGAUGGUGGCGCUGACCACCGCGCUGCCCAGCUUCGCGGAGCCGCCCGACACCUUCUACGGGCCCCCGGAGCUCGCUGCUGCCGCCGCCGCCGCCGCCGCCGCCGCCACUGCCACCAGAAACAACCCCGAGCCGGGCGGCCGACGCCCGGAGGGCGCGCUGGAAGCCGAAGAGCUGCUGCCCGCCCGGGAGAAAGUGGCAGACCCCGCACCGCCCCCGCCUCUGCACUUCUCAGAGACUUUCCCAAGUCUGCCGGCAGAGGGGAAGGUGUACAGCUCGGACGAGGAGAAGCCGGAGGCGCCGGCGGGAGACCCAGCAGGCAGCGAGCAGGACGAAGGGGGCUCGGGCGGUGACAGCGAGGACGACGGUUUCCUGGACAGUUCUGCAGGGGGCCCUGGGGCCCUCCUGGGACCCAAAGCAAAGCUAACGGGAAGCCUGGGGACUGGAGCUGAGGAGGGGGCGCCGGCGGCGGCGGCGGCGGCGGCGGGAGUCACGGCUCCCGGGGGCAAAAGCCGGCGGCGCCGCACAGCCUUUACCAGCGAGCAGCUUUUGGAGCUGGAGAAGGAAUUUCAUUGCAAGAAAUACCUGAGCUUGACAGAGCGCUCCCAGAUCGCCCACGCCCUCAAGCUCAGUGAGGUGCAGGUCAAGAUCUGGUUUCAGAACCGGCGGGCCAAGUGGAAGCGCAUCAAGGCUGGCAAUGUGAGCGGCCGCUCUGGGGAGCCUGUGAGGAACCCCAAGAUUGUCGUGCCCAUACCCGUGCACGUCAGCAGGUUCGCUGUGCGGGGCCAGCACCAGCAGAUGGAGCAGGGCGCCCGGCCCUGA